AUGCACGCGGCGGACGUCGCGCUCUCCGUGCUGCUCGCGGCCAUCAUCGUGGUGUCGCUGCUGGCCAACGUGCUGGUGCUCGUGUGCUUCGUGUACAACGCCGAGAUCCGGCGGCAAGUGCCCGGUCUGUUCGUGCUCAACCUCACAUGCUGCAACCUGCUGCUGGCCUCGUCCAACAUGCCGCUGACCGUGGCCGGGCUGCUGGGCCACGCGCCCCCGCCGGGCGGACACGUCCUGUGCCAGCUCGCCGCCUUCCUGGACACGUUCCUAACCUCCAACUCCAUGCUGAGCAUGGCGGCGCUCAGCAUCGACCGCUGGGUGGCCGUCGUUUUCCCGCUCAGCUACCACUCGCGCAUGCGCCGGCGAGACGCCGUGCUCGCGCUCGCCUACGCGUGGCUCCACUCGCUGGGCUUCGCCGUGGCGCCCGCGUGCCUCUCGUGGCUCGACUACCACCGGCCGACGGCCUCGUGCACGCUGUACAACCCGCGGGCGCGCGCCAGCGACGGUGCCGCCUCCUCGCGCGCGCACUUCGCCGCCUACACCGUGGCGCUGCACGCGCUCACCUUCCUGCUCGUGCUCGUGGUGCUGUGCGUCACGUACCUCAAGGUGCUGCAAGUGGCGCGUUUUCACUGCAAGCGCAUCGACGUCAUCACCAUGCAGACGCUCGUGCUGCUCGUGGACAUCCACCCCAGCGUUCGUCAGCGCUGUCUGGAGGAGCAGAGGAAGAGGAGACAGAGAGCUACCCGCAAAAUCAGCACCUUCAUCGGGACCUUUGUCGUCUGCUUCACCCCUUACGUCCUCACCAGGGUGGUGGAGCUGUUUGUCACCGUCCCGAUCAGUCCGUACUGGGGAGUGUUGUGCAAGAGCUUGGCCUACAGCAAAGCUGCCUGCGACCCAUUCGUCUACUCCCUCCUCCGGCACCAGUACCGCCAAACUUGCAGCGAUAUCAUCAACCGCUUCCUCAAGCGAAGAUCCCUUAACACUUCAGGCCAACGGCAGGAGAACGGCAAAUUGAAGAAACCUGUGAAUUCAGGGAACUCUGAGAUAUCUGAGAAGCCUGAGAAACCAGAUAAAGAGGAGAAAACUGGCACAGGGUCUGCUGUUUAAGAACCUUGACAAUGGAGAUGAAUAUGUAGCAACAAAAACCACCACAAAGAUAAAGCAGCUAGUCUGCUCAAAGAGAAGGAGCGGUGUAAGGGAAUGCAGGCUUCAAACAUUUUCUACUUUUCUACCUUCAAAAGUUAUUCGACGUUUAUGGGUUUCAGAGAGUGCUAAUCUGUAAAGAGUCACAUCUUUUGAAGACUGUAGUAUUUUGGAAAAUGAGUUUAAACAGUUUUUUUUAAUGGUGAAAGCUGCUAGAUAGUGAAUGGUAGGAGAUACACUAUA